UCAUACUAUUGUUUUGUCUUAAUUUCUAAUAAAAUGGAUAAAGUUAUCCUUUGGUUUUGUUGAACUCUGGAAUUGCAUUUUGUUUUCCUUCCUUUCUGACAGAUGGUCAACACCCUGACCAUGGAAGAUGUGUUGGUUGAUUGCCAGAUCGGCUCAUCGAGACCAAUCCGGUUCCUAAUAGACACGGGAGCCGACGCAAACAUCAUCGGUGGCAAAGACUGGCUUGAGUUACAGAGCGAUUCGGAAAAGGGACUGGUUGUGUUCAACGGGUUGAAGACGACGGGCUGGACAAGCUUGCGAGCGUACGCCGCAGAGAACCCCCUGAAGGUCGAAUGUCGGUUCCGCGCGAUUAUUUCUACCUGUGACCGUGAUAAUAACACCCAGGCUGAAGCCGAAUUUGUCGUGGUGCCAAGAGGACAGCGUUCGCUCAUGGGGCGAAGCACCGCAGCUGACCUAUCCUUGUUAAGAAUCGCGCCAACUGUGAACGCUUGUGAAUCUGCUCACUCGGAAGGUAUCUUCCCGAAAAUGCCAGGUGUGAAAGUCAGAUUCAGUUUGGACGAGUCGGUACCGCCGGAAAGGAACGCAUACUACAACGUUCCGGCAGCGUUUCGCGACGCGGCAAGAUUAAGGCUGCAGGAGAUGGAAAACCGUGGGAUCAUCGAAAAGGUCACCACCGCGCCGAACUGGAUAAGCGGCAUGUCCGCCGUUGCUAAAGGGAAGGAUGACUUCCGUCUUGUGGUCAACAUGAAGGGCCCCAAUAAGGCCAUCAAGCGGGAGUAUUUCCGACUUCCCCUGAUCCAGGAAAUGAAGUCCAAACUAAGCGGAGCUAAAGUCUUCACGAAGCUUGAUCUGACCAGCGCCUUUUAUCAUCUCGAGUUGGCCAAGGAGUCCAGGGACCUAACCACUUUUCUGUCGGAAUGUGGGAUGUACAGAUUCACUCGUUUGAUGUUUGGCGUCAACUGCGCCCCGGAGGUUUUCCAGCGUGAAAUGGUGCGGAUAUUCAAAGAGAUUUGCAACGUAAUUAUCUAUAUCGACGAUAUUUUGAUUUACGGCGAGAGUCUGGAGGAGCUGCACAAGACGGUUUCGGAGGUGCUUCGAGUGCUAAGGGCGAACAACUUGACUCUCAACGAGGCCAAGUGCGAAUUUGAUAAGGUGCGUGUGAAGUUCUUGGGUCAUGAGUUGGACGAAAAUGGCUUUCACAUUGAUGAGGCCAAGAUCAAGCACAUCAACCAGUUCCGUCAGCCAAAAACCUCAUCUGAGCUCCGAAGCUUCCUUGGUCUAGCCUCGUUUGUUAGCCCUUACAUUCAAAACUUCGCUGAAUUGACAAGCUCGCUGUGGAAGGUCGCGACAACGAAGACCUGGAAGUGGGAAGCGGAGCAAUCUGCGGCUUUUGAGGCAACGAAAUCGCGCAUCGCCGACUGUACGCUAGCGCUGGGCUACUUUUGCGAAUCGGACAGAACCGUUCUCUACACGGACGCAUCCCCGGUAGCGCUUGGGGCGGUUUUAGUGCAGGAGAAUUCGGAACGAACCCCACGGAUCAUCAGUUUUGCAUCGAAAGCGUUGACGCCAGCAGAAAGACGAUACGCCCAGAAUCAACGAGAAGCAUUGGGCGCGGUCUGGGCGGUUGAAUACUUCUCGUAUUUUCUGCUGGGAAGAAGUUUCACCUUGCGUACAGACGCAAAAGGUGUCGCUUUCAUACUGAACAGGUCAAGGGAAGACUCGAAGCGAGCACUAACGCGUGCGGACGGCUGGGCGUUGCGUCUCAGCCCAUACAGAAUCACGGUCGAGUACGUCGAGGGUAAGUUUAACAUCGCUGAUCCGUCAUCUCGAUUAUACGAAGGCCUAGACGAUCCCUUUGACGAGUCCGCCAAUCCCUGGGAAAUCGCAGCAAUCGAAUCCAGCAACGCCGGAUUUCUGACAGAAGAUGCGAUUAAGAUCGCAACCGCACAGGAUCCUACGUUGACCAAGGUGAUGCGUGCUCUCGAGACCGGAGAUUGGCCUAAACAUUUGCGCAGAUUUCAAGCAGUCGGUGAUGACCUUCACGUGAAGAAUGGUUUGCUAAUCAAGACAGGAUGCGUCGUCAUGCCGGAGUCACUACGGAAUCAAACUCUGGAGGUGGCGCACGAGGGUCAUCCAUCAUCAGCAAAGCUGAAAAGCAUUUUGCGAGCUCGCGUCUGGUGGCCAGGGAUGGCAAAGGAGGCUGAGGAUUGGGCCGAGUCAUGUGCAACAUGCGUGACCAACGGACGACCAGAAAAACCUACACCGAUGGAGAGAAUCGCUAUUCCAUCUGCCGUGUGGGACACAGUUGCCCUCGACUUCAAUGGACCGUAUCUGAAAUUUGGAGGUAUCUACAUACUUCUGCUAGUCGAUUACAGAUCGCGGUACUUGAUCGCUCGAGGUGUUAAAUCGACCAGCUUCGACUGCACCAAAAAGGUCCUCGACGAGAUUUUCGACAGAGAGGGGUUUCCAAAGAACAUCAAAUCGGACAACGGCCCCCCAUUCAAUGGCGAAGAUUAUAAACGUUACUGCACGGACCACGGAAUCAAUGCCAUCUUCUCAACACCGCUGUUCCCUCAGCAAAAUGGUAUGGUGGAAUGCUAUAUGAAACUCGUGAAUAAGGCCAUGGCCUCCGCUGUAGCGAACCAAACGAACUACAUGGUUGAGCUGCAGGCCGCGAUUAAAGCUCACAACUCCGCUCAGCACGCCGUGACAAAGGUUCCUCCAGAGGAGGUUAUGAAUGGACGCAAGAUACGCCGGGGACUACCAUUGCUGGACAGCACCGUUGCGCGCAACGAUGAGCUCAUCGAGGAGCGCGAUCAAAGAGCGAAGCAGAUGGCGAAACAUCGUGAGGACAACCGUAGGGGUGCCAGGGAGUGCCGCGUAAUGCCUGGUGAUACCGUGGUCGUCGAAAGGCAAAACCGUGCCAAAGGCGACAGUCGGUUCGAUCCGACCAGAUACACUGUCCACAAGCAGUCAAACGGGAACCUCGUGUUGUCGGACGAGAAAGGUAAGCUCCUUAAGCGACAUGUAUCGCUCACUCGGAAGGUGAAGGUCUGGCGGGAUCCGAAGUCUGGUUCUAGGUUGCCAGGACCGAUGCCACAGGAACCGACCGUACAGUUGCAGCCUUCUGAAACGCUAGAAGAACAGGCGGAUGUCCAGACGCGCUCAAAACGAGCCACAAAAGUUCCAGCUUAUCUCCAGGAUUACGUCCGCCUGAUCGAAAUGGAAUACGGGAAGUAAUUAUUUCGCACCAAUUUCUAUCCUCUUUGAAUUAUAUUAUACUUUGAUUGAACUUUUCUUACAUUUCCCUGGUUGACUGACAGAAUUCCUUCAUUUUUUUUUAAUAAAUACAUAAAUAGCAAGCCGUGAGUUUAUUUUUAAAUGACGAAGGGGGAUGUGGGGCAUAAUAUUGAGCAAUCACUGUGAGGGCUCUACUGUCGUGUGCCAGAAGCGAGCUCUACUGCCUAAUGUCACAACUGAGUGACACUCACUGUGAGAGCCAGUCUAUGGCUCUCAGCAAACGGUGGCUCUCACUCAACCGCGACGUGUGUCGGGCGAGCAAGCAAUCGGCCUCUUUCGUACGACGGUGCUCGCGAGGUAAGCACACGCGCUGGGAGCUUCUCGUCUCGAGCCGGAAGCACAACAACCAUCACAUCACAUGGUGGAAUCCAGUCUACAAUCCGCUAAAAUCGCGAUAUUUCAACGAUUUUUAUUUUAAAUCGAAUGGACCAACCAGGCAUUCAACAGUCGAGCCAAGAAUCGACUCUGUUCACUCGACCUACAAGUGUCGAGGAAAUCGUAGACGAUUCCGGGGCGACACAGAUGAAAUUCCUUCGCUCACUCUCGCGCAACAACACAAUCAAUGUUUGCUAAUUUAUUUUUUUAUUGUAGCGUACAUAGGAAAGGGUAGAACGAAUAUGAGUGUCUGGCAUUUUCUUGCAAUAUGGAAAUAAAAAUCAACCAAAUAAAUUCAUUGAAUUAGAUAACGAUUCUACACCGAAAUGACCACAAUAUUUUUUGGUGGGUUUUCAAACCUCCUAAUUGAAGAGGGCUGCCUGUUUCGUGUUCGCUAUCGAGAAAUCUUUAAAUAUUAUGACUGAAAAUUAUACCCUGCUAGGUGAAUUGGAUCCUUUUACGAUGUUUUCAGAAUUACUCCCGUUCAUCAUAUGUACGUUUUGUUUGAUCGGUGAACCAGAGAUACAAAAAAAACGAAUAAAUUAUUCAGAAGCAAACAAAGCAACAUGAAUGUCAUGCGACGUAAUGUAGUCAAUGUACUGGUACUUCAUAAUGUUGUUUUAUGUUUUCAGGUUCCAUACUGCACCCUGUUUGUCUGUAUUAUAUUGUUUAUCCAUGUAACUUUCUGUUCUGUUUUAUUUUUGUUUUUUACUAUCAGGGUAAUUCUCCGCCAACUCACACAGCAGUUGCCACGACCCCUCUUCGAUUUGGGUGAAACUUUGUCUUAAGGGGUAACUUUUGUCCCUGAU